GAAGCACAAAGCAAAAAUUCUAUUAAUAGUCGAUAUUAAAUUAAUAUAAAUUUGUACACUACUGUCAUGUCAAUGUCGUACUGUAAUAUAGGUAUCAAUUACCAAUGCUAUGUCAGUCAUGAAGAUCAGAUAGUAUGACUUUGUUCCUUUGCCUUUCCAUUAUGAAUAACUUGAUAAAUAUUACCAUUGUCAGUCAAUCAGUGACAGUUUGUCACUGUCAGUCAGACUCGUGUUUAUUUUGUAUUAUAAUGCAAUUUACUGCAAUUAUUGCAUUAGCCGCCAACUAUUUAAUUUUGGUUUUUGAGAUAUUAGUUAUUUUUAUUUGAGACUUAUUUUGUAGCUUGUAUUUUGGUUUCCAACUUAAAUUAAAAUUUCAAGCAAAGUUGGAAAUACAGAAUUAUAAUACACAAAGUUGUAUAAUUUACUAAGAUAUUAAAAUUAUACUAAACAUAUCGUAAAUUUGGAAUGAUUUAUUUUAUCGUUUUGUUAAAUAAACCUGUUAAGUAAUGUAGUAGCUAAAUUAACUAUUAUUAUAAUGCAUACAUGUGCCGCCAGUUCAAAGCACCACACAAGGUCAACUGACAAAAGAAACCAAGAUAUAUGCAUCGGCUCUGGAUUGCACCAAAAUGACAACUCUGAGCAAUAUUUUCGAGAAUGAUCAAAUGCAAAUAAUUACUUCAGAGUUCACUAGACUAGGAGAAAGAUGUUAUUUGGAUAAUGCUGGUGCUACAUUAUAUCCUCAGUGUUUACUUAAAAAUAUAAAUGAAGACCUCCUUAAUAAUGUUUAUAUAAACCCGCAUAGUGAUAAGUAUACACAAGAUUGCAUAGAACAAAUCAGGUAUCACAUCUUAUCCCAUUUUAACACUGAUUCUUCUACUUAUUCUGUUGUGUUCACAUCAGGUACUACACAGUCAUUGAAGCUAGUUGGAGAGUCUUUUCAGUUUGCCCCUGAUGAAAAUGAAGUACUAAAUUGUGGAUCACUUGUUUAUUUGAGAGAUAAUCAUACAUCAGUCGUAGGACUGAGAGAGAUAGCUGCAGAAAAGAAUGUGGACAUUAUACACAUAUCACAUGAGGACUUCUUGAAAGCCUUAGAUCCAACAAAAGUUUCUCUUCCAACAAAUGGGAGGGAGAAAUAUAAAAAUGAGGGUAACACAUUACUUGUAUACCCAGCACAAAGUAACUUUAACGGUUAUAAGUAUCCUAUAAAUUGUAUGGAUAUUAUAAAAAAAGGAUGUCUCAAUCAAUACAUAAAGAAACAGUUAUGUAAAAUCAAUUGCAGUUGGUAUGUAUUGUUGGAUGCUGCAUGUUAUGUAUCAACAAGUAAAUUAGAUUUAUCAGUAGUGCAACCUGACUUUGUGUGCUUAUCGUUUUAUAAAGUAUUUGGAUAUCCUACUGGCCUAGGAGCAUUACUUAUAAAAAAUAGCAGUGCAAAUGUUCUAAACCAAAAGAAAUAUUUUGGAGGUGGAACUGUUGAUAUUGUUUUAAGUAGUGAAGAUUUUCAUGUAAAAAGAAAAAUUCUUCAUGAGAGAUUUGAAGAUGGAACCUUACCUUUUUUAUCAAUCAUAGCUCUAAAGCAUUGUUUUGAUGCACUGACCAAGUUAAUACCGAAAAUUAUAAACAAUGACAUAAUGGAUACUAUAUCACAUCAUACUUAUAGUUUAGCCAAGGAUCUUUAUCAUCAGCUUGGGAAACUUCAUCACGAGAAUGGGAACAAAGCAGUAAUUACAUAUAUGGAUACUGAUUUCACUGAUAUUAGCAAACAAGGUGCUAUCGUCACAUUCAAUCUGUUAAGAGAAGAUGGCACAUAUAUUGGUUAUUCAGAGUUUCAACACAUGGCAGACCUAUUCAAUAUAAGUAUAAGAACUGGCUGUUUUUGUAAUUCGGGCUCUUGUCAACGUCAUCUGAAUGCAAGCAAUAAAGAAAUGAAGGAUAUGUAUAACGCAGGACACAAGUGUGGCGACGAUGUUGACUUAAUUGACGGUAAACCAACUGGUGCAAUACGAGUAUCAUUUGGCUACUAUAAUACAUUCAAUGACGUUGAUAAAUUAAUAGUAAUGAUUUGCCGCUGUUUCGUCAGAACUAAAUAUAAUAAACCGAAACGUACGAUGAAUGAUUUCAUCAAACUAAAAUCUCUAAAAUAUGCAAAAAAUAUAUCUAGUGAGGAAAAUCACAAAAUUAAUGAGGAAGAGUUUUUUGAAGAAAAAUAUUCUACUAUACAACAACCUCUAAUAAAAUCUGAUAUUGUGCUUAGUCAAAUAUCUCUUUUCCCAAUUAAGUCAUGUGGUGCCUUCAAAAUAAAUACUUCCUGGAAAAUAGGGUCGAAAGGGUUCGAAUACGACAGAGAAUGGAUGAUCAUCAAAGACAAUGGAGUUUGUCUAACUCAAAAACAAAAUACACGUAUGUGUAUGAUUCGACCUAAAAUUGAUUUAAAACGCAAAGUAAUGAUUCUGUAUUUUAAAGGUCUAGCCCCAAUAUCAGUACCUUUGAACCCAUUGGAAAACAAGCAUAAAGAGGUUACAAUUUGUCAGAGUAAAGUUUGCACGGACCUGGUAAAAGGUUAUGAUUGUGGAGAUGAAGUUGCUAAUUGGAUUUCAAAUGCUUUAGAAAUAUCAUUUCUUAGAUUAGUUAAACAAGCCAGCCAUGAUGGUAGAGUACAGAAGACAAAUACAGACGAAGACAAGAAGCUACUUUCACUGAGUAAUCAAGCACAAUUCUUAUUAAUAAACAAAGCCACUGUGAGGUGGCUGAAUGAUAAGAUACAAGAACCUCUAUUUAUGGAAGAUAUUGAACAGUUAACAGACCGUUUCAGAGGUAAUCUAAUAAUAAAUAUGGAUGAAGAAUUAGUAGAAAGGGAUUGGCAGAGAGUUAUAAUUGGAAAACAUGAAUUUAGGGUUGAUGGGCAAUGCCCUCGAUGUCAAAUGGUAUGUAUAGAUCAACAAACUGGCGAGAAAACAGUAGAACCACUUCGAACUAUUUCUGAACAAUUUGCAGGGAAAAUGCGUUUUGGGAUUUACUUGAGUUAUAUGGGCCCUAUUGAUGGAUCUAGGGAGCAUAUGUUGAAGAUAAAUGCACCAGUUAAACCUAUCAUCAAUGAUGAGGAUAUUAGUAGGUAAACUAAAUAGUGUUUUAAAAGUAAGCAGUUUCUGGAUUUAAUUUUUGCUUAAUUAGUUGGUAACGUAGAUUUCAUACUCAACUUUUAUGACAAUGUUUUAAUUAAUUGAAUAAAAAUUAACAGAUUUGAAAAUUACUUUUAAUAAACAAAUCAAUUUAUUUUUUUAAUUCUUUAUACAGAAACUGGAAAUUACUUUGCAUUAUUAUUAUAGUUGGCACCAAUUAGUUUUGGUUUUGUAACAUACACAUACUACUAAGACUGAUAAAUAUUGUUUAGAAAAUUGUUACACAUUGUAUACAUUGUUACUUGUACCCACUAUUGGAAUUUCAUAGAAUAGUGAAUAAACACCACCACCAGGUAUAUAUUAACAUACAUAAUGAAAUGCAAUCAAUAUUUAUAUUGUUGUCUAAAAAAACUCCCAAUGUGCAUAAGUGUAUAAUUUAUAAAGCUGAGAAUGUUCCAAUUAAUUCUACAAAUAAUCAAAAAUUCUUCAACCAUAAUUCUAGAUAUUCUAUAUAUAAAUACUUGUUGUCAUGGGCUCCAACAAGAGGGUGAAAGGGGGUUAACUUCCUUCGGAAAUAAAUAUUUGAAUCAAAACUUAAGGAAUCCGAGUUGCCCUUCCAAAUUAUACAUCUAUGCACCAAACAUACAUGUAUAAUUUAACUAUUAUUUCUAUUUUGUUAGUUAAUAUUAUAAAUAAUAGUAUAAUGUGUUGAUACAGAUGCACCUUCGUGAAAGUAACAUUGGCGGCGUCCAUGUUUAUUAUAUUAUACUAUAUAUAUAAUGUGUCUAUAGUAACUGAAUAGUUACUAUAAAAAUAUUAGUCAUAAGCUAUAUAACAUUUAGUAUAAAAAAAGUAUCUUCAACUAUUAUCUAAUUUGUAUGAACAAUCAAUAAAAUUAUUUGUAAUUUUAUUUUAAUUAUACAAUUAAUAAGUAUAGUCCACAGUGUGUAACUUAUUAAUUUUGUUAUAAAUGCUAGUGUACUAGAUAGUGAUGCUAAUUAUUGCAUACAAAACUCUCGUAUGCACAUAAUUGAUGCAUAUUACAUUCCACUUGGACAUAGAAUAUCACCAAAUAAUAAAUUAUAAAUAUAUGAGGGUUUAUGUAAUGUAUUUUUAGGGAUUUAUACAAAAAAUGGAAAGGUAUCCUUUUGUACAAUUUUUUCCAUUCAUCUGUCAUAGUAUUGUACCUGAGCUACUAAUACUAUUGAUUAGAAAUUUGGCAUAGUUUUAUAUUGUCGACUCACACAUAUUGCAAUUGAAAAAAUAAUAAUAUUUUCUUUGCUAGAGGGCCCAAAAGGGGUACUAAAAAUUUUUAAAAUGACUUACUUUUUUAAUUUACCAAAUGAUUUAUUUAUUUUUAUGCUAUAUAGUUUUAGUUAAGAAGAUUUUUAUUUCAUACAUAGGUAUGAAGCUCUUGGCAAUAUAUAUUUAAUUAAAUAGAUAUCCAGAAUAUAUUGAUAUGUAUGGAGUAUGCAUGUGUUAAUUCCUUUAUGCACAUGUACAUAUUAUGACGAAUUUAUUUAAAACUAUUCUCCACUAUAAAGAUAGCAAUGAAUGAAGUGGCAAAGAAAAAACAAGGUUCAUUUUAGAAUAUAAAUAUAUAUUUAUGGAGUGUGCUUAAUCUAGUAUAGAUUAAUCACAUAGUAUGUAUUUAAAACAAAGAAAAUAAUUCUAUACUAUAAAAUAUUAUAUAAGAGUAUCUGAAAGUGCUUAGUUAAAACUUUUAAUAAAUACAUAAUUAUAUACUUUUUAGGUAAUGUCAUGCAAUACCUAAGUGAAAAAUAACUUAAGUAGAUAUAACACCGUUAGAUUUAAAGUUAUCAUAUAUAAUAUAUAUAUAUAUAUAUAUACAAAAUGGCCUUAUAGAAUUCACUGUGAUAUUCUUAGUUAUAUUUUAAUCAUUUAUGCUGUCAGUUAUAAUGAUAGCACUGUUAUAUAUAUACUAUAAUUAGGAUUAGACUAAAACUUAUACCAAUACAAUUUCCAAUAAGUUUCAAUACUUAACAGCAGAAAUGUAAUGCAUUGAGUAUUUUGUUAUAUAGGUAUCACUAUUAAUGUUAGUUUAAAAAUUAUAUAUUUAUUGACUUUCAACAGAAUUUAAUUAAUAACAAUAAAAGGGCAAUAUUUUUUAAAACAAAACAGACUAGUUCCAUAAAUCUAUAACAUUUAUUAACCAGAGAAUGAUAGAAAUGUUAUUACUGUGAUGAAAUGAUAAACAAAAAUGAAAUGUGAUCUUGCCAGAAAUAACAAAACUAUAUU